AUGGGGAUAAUCAUAACGCCUUCUUCUCAGGUUGUUCUGGUGGUUCAGCGGCCGGUAGCAAUGCCUGAUGUGGACUCUGACACUGUCUUUCAGGUGUGUUUUGACUGCGGCGCCAAGAACCCCAGCUGGGCCAGUAUCACCUACGGCGUGUUCCUUUGCAUCGACUGCUCGGGGUCGCACCGGUCGCUUGGGGUCCACUUGAGUUUUAUCAGGUCUACGGAGCUGGACUCGAACUGGUCUUGGUUUCAGCUGCGAUGCAUGCAGGUUGGAGGAAACUCGAACGCGUCUUCCUUUUUCCACCAACACGGCUGUGCCACCAAUGACACCAAUGCCAAGUACAACAGCCGCGCUGCUCAGCUCUAUCGGGAGAGAAUCAAGUCGCUGGCCGCCCAGGCAGCGCGGAAGCAUGGCGCUGAUCUGUGGCUUGAAGGCUGUGGGGCUCCGCCGCUGUCCUCGCCACCGAAAGAGGAAGAUUUCUUUGCCUCUCACGCUCCUCCUGAGGCGAGCAGCCCCGGGCAGGAGUCACCACCACCCGAACCGUCUGCUUUGCCACCAAGGAAUGUGGAGGCCACUGCAGCUAACCAUGAAGGUGGACCGGAACAAGGGCCAAAUGUGGAAGGUCAAGGGCCAAGUGUGGAAGGCCUUAACGCACCAACAAAGGCUGCAUUAGAAGUGUCCUCGAUCAUAAAAAAGAAACCAAAUCAAGCUAAACGAGGACUUGGGGCCAAAAAAGGAAGUUUGGGAGCCCAGAAACUGACGAAUACAUGCUUUAAUGAAAUUGAAAAACAAGCCCAAGCUGUAGAUAAAAUGAAGGAAAAGGAGGACCUUCUGGCCAGGGCGGCACCUAAGGAAGAAUCAAUCGUUUCAUCACUGCGAUUAGCCUAUAAGGAUCUUGAAAUUCAAAUGAAGAAGGACGAGAAGACGAACAUGAGUGGCCACAAAAAGAUAGAGGCCGAGAGACUCGGCAUGGGGAUUGGGAAGUCCAGGAGUGGUGUUUCACACUCCGUGACGUCAGACAUGCAGACCAUUGAACAGGAGACGCCAGUCAUAGCAAAGUCAAGAAAGAAAUACGGUGACGACGGCGAUGACUCCUAUUUUACUUCCAGCUCAAGGUACUUUGAUGAGCCGAUGGAGCUGAGGGGCAGUUCUUUUUCCAGCUGGGAUGACAGUUCGGAUUCCUUCUGGAAAAAAGAGACCAUCAAAGAUACCGACGCCAUCCUGAAAUCCACGGGCUAUUCAGACAGACCUACUGCCCGCCGUAAGCCAGACCACGAGCCGGCCGAGAACACAGACGAGGCCCAGAGGAAGUUUGGCAACGUCAAAGCCAUUUCAUCAGAUAUGUACUUUGGAAGACAAGCCCAAGCUGAUUAUGAAGCCAGGGCUCGGCUGGAGAGGCUUUCGGCGAGUUCCUCCAUCAGCUCAGCGGAUCUGUUUGACGAGCAAAGGAAGCAGACGGCAGGAAGCUACAACCUGACGAGCGUGCUGCCCACCGCGCCCGACAUGGCCCAGUUUAAGCAGGGAGUGAGAUCCGUUGCUGGGAAGCUCUCGGUUUUUGCUAACGGAGUCAUGACUUCCAUUCAGGAUCGCUACGGUUCCUAACGCCGACAUUUCCGGGAGAAAGGCCUCUCGACGCGAACCAGGGAGCAGUCGCAGACCGCAGAGAAGCCCGGGCAGUGUUGCAGAAUGUUCUGCUGCUUUUUCACAUGAUAUACAUGCCUUCCUGAUUUAAGAUUUCCUUCAAGAAAUUCUCAUUUUCGACGUAGUAGAAGCUUUAUUGUCAUUUCUGUUUUGCGUUCCUUCCUGCACAUGCCCCUCCUUUUGGCGUCUCCACGUGUAGCCUUGCUUCGCCUGUGUCGGGUCUGGUUCCAGCAGCGGGGGGGCUGGAGGCAAGGGCUUCUCCCACCUCUCAGCGCUGAGAGCCCGCGUUCCGGGACCGAGGGUCUCCGGGCUGCGUGGUCCUGGGCUCCGGGCCAGCACAAGCAGCCGAUGCAGCAGAGGCCCGGAGAAACCCAAACCCCCAGCCCACGUUUCAUUCAAAAGGGAGCAGUGAAUAAAAACAGGAGACCAAAAAUGUCGAAUUUGGCCCGUUGCCACAGUUCUAUUUCCACAUGUUAUGGUGAUUUCAAAAUAAUGUUUAAAGUCGUCUGUCCCUCUGGAUGAUCUCUGCAUUCCAAACCAAUACACAACGAGGACUUUUAGCAGCCCUACGCUUCUGCAUUGCCAAGAGAGCUCACCUUCUGGCACGGCGUUGCUGUUGGAAUCUAGGGGAGUUGUAAGCUAAGGUCUCCCGAGUGUGUUUCCGAGCCGACGUUGUGGACAGAGUUCCAAAUGAAUGAGGUAAGAGGACAGACGCACGGAAACCUCGCGGUGCUCGGGCGAGCAGGAGUUGUAACUGGGAAGUUUGGUUAAUAUUUUUUAUCUUAAUCUUGGUUUUCAGGAAAUUACAGAAUGUGUGUACAUGAAUAAAGAAAAAUAAUCUGGCUGUGUUUUAGACAGCAUUAGAAUAUACUGUUCAGCACAGGAAAAUAUAUUUGAAAUCUGAUGAACCAGAAAUGUGGUUUCAACUGAAUAUUUUGUGACUUUUUCUUAAAAGAUCAAAUUUGUAGACUUCUAAAUACAAUAAACCCUUGCAGCAGA